UAGCCUACUCCUGUCCGUUGAACUAGUUUGAAAGAAGUCUUUUAGUGUUCAGACAGAUAAAAAUGAAGCUCCAGCUACUGAUAGUUUUUGUGCUAAGCCUAGACAAAUUUCCUGAAAAAAGUGCCGCUGAAAAUGGUAAAGUUCUCUCAAUCACUGCAUUAACACCAGAGCAGGUGGAUAUCCUCAGAAAUAUAUCAUCUCAAUUUGAGACAGUACUAUGGCAGCCAGCCUCGCCAAUUCACAUCACUGCAAACACAGAGGUGCAUCUAUAUGUCCCUCAAGAGAGGGUGCUUGAUGUAACAGCACAGCUCGAAAGCAACCAAUUCACCCACAGUGUCAUGUUGGAAGACACAGAGCAACUCACUGAGAUUCAGACCAGAAAUGAUACCAAAGACCCACGAUUAAAAGGGACAUCAUUCUAUGAACGUUACCACAACUUGGAAGAGAUUUACCACUGGGUCAACAAGACAGCGACGGAUCAUGCAAAUAUGGUGAAGGUGCUCCUCAUCGGGUCAUCCUUUGAAAAACGGCCACUCUAUGUCCUGAAGCUAUCUGGCAGAGCAAGUAAUACACCAAAGAAAGCUAUGUGGAUAGAUUGUGGGAUCCAUGCAAGGGAGUGGAUCUCUCCAGCGUUCUGCCUGUGGUUUGUGGACAAUUGCAUAAAUUAUUAUGGUUUAAACCGUGAGAUUACGGAAAUGAUGGACGCCAUGGACAUCUAUGUUCUGCCAGUGAUGAAUCCAGAUGGAUAUAGAUACACUUGGACUACUAAACGUAUGUGGAGAAAGAACCGGUCCAUUCAUCCAAACGGUGUCUGUGUUGGAGUUGAUCUAAACCGCAAUUUUGAUGCAAACUGGUGCACAUCAGGGGCCAGCAGCAACCCCUGUGAUGACACAUACUGUGGGCAGUACCCAGAGUCUGAGCCCGAGGCUCAAGCUGUGGCCAACUUCCUGCGUAGCCACAAGGCCACAGUAAAGCUCUACGUCUCCAUCCAUUCCUACUCCCAGAUGCUGCUCUUCCCCUACUCCUGUGCACACGAGCUAACCGCCAACCACGAUGAGCUAAAUGAAAUGGCACAGGACGCAGCCAAUGACAUCCAGAGGUAUUACAGGAGCCAUUACAAAUUUGGCCCUGGAUCAAAAACCAUAUAUUUGGCUCCAGGAGGAUCCGAUGACUGGGCCUAUAACCUUGGGAUCAACUACUCUUUUACUUUUGAACUGCAGGACCGCGGCAGGUAUGGAUUCCUCCUGCCACCGAAUCUCAUCGCCAAUGCAUGCAAAGAAGCGCUCUUGGCACUGAAGAGUAUUUCUCUCAAGGUUAUCAAAAGAAUACAAUGAGCUUAUGUUCACACGGAGAUAUAGGCCUUAGUGCUAUUGUCAUUUAGUAAUGUAUGUGAUUUUCUGUUUAUUUUGAAAUGUGUUUACAUUCAUAUCCAAAUAAAUUAAUAAAUGCACCAUAAAAUCA